AGAAAAUGUGGUGGAUAAGUUAGAAGUACGAUGACAGUUUUGUUCUAAAAUGAGAUUUUCAUCGUAUGAAAACUGGUGUGGUGGGAGUGUGGAGUGGGGUAAUAUUUUGUCGUGACCUGCCCCGUGUCCUUUGGGCCCUGGAAUAUCCACCUCUCUAGUUCCGCCCUGGCGCAGUUUGAUGUGUCUAAAACGACUGUUCUUUUUGUUCGCCAGGCUUGUAGCGUCCGUCUCCGCCGCGUUUACCAAGCACGACAAUGCCUGCGAGGUGCUUCAUUUGCGAGAAGACGUUCCCGUCUCAGGGAAAGCUCUUGAUCCACACGAGGACGCACACGGGCGAGAAGCCAUUCGAGUGCACCGUGUGCCAGAAGACGUUCAAUCAAGGUGUCAAUUUGCGGACGCAUAUGCGAACUCACACGGGCGAGAAGCCAUUCGAGUGCGCCGUGUGCCAGAAGACGUUCAAUCAAGGUGUCAAUUUGCGGACGCAUAUGCGAACUCACACGGGCGAGAAGCCAUACGAGUGCACCGUAUGCCAGAAGACGUUCGGUCAAGAUGACUAUCUGCGAAAGCAUAUGCGAACUCACGACACGGGCGAGAAGGCCAUCGAGUGCGCCGUUUGCCAAAAGACGUUUAGUAAUGGUGACUCUCUGCGGGGACAUAUGCGCCGAACGCAUACAGGAGAAAAGCCAUUCGAGUGCACCACGUGUCUCAAGAGGUUCGAUUCUUCUAAAGAUUUACGGAGGCAUGUGCAAGUCCACGACACAGAAAGAGAGCCGCUGGAGUGCACUGUGUGCCACAAGCAGUACUAUUCAAGUACUGGUUUACAGAUACAUUUGCGAACGCAUACCGGCGAAAAGCCACACGAGUGUGUCGUGUGUCACAGGAAGUUUACAGCGCCGCACUCUCUCCGAGUUCACAUGCGAACACACACAGGGGAAAAGCCAUACGAGUGUAGUGUAUGCCGAAAGAAGUUCUCGCAAAGUGCUGGUUUGCGUGCGCAUGUGCGCACGCAUUCGGACGAGAAGGCAUUCAAGUGCAGCGAAUGUGACUCAAAAUUUUCUUCGCUUCAAUUAUUGGUAGUGCAUCAGCGGACCCAUACAGGAGAAAAGCCGUUCAAAUGCACCGUUUGCCAAAAGGCUUUCAGUCAAAGUAGCAGCCUGCGGCUACAUUUGCGAAUCCACGUGGGUGAUAAACCACACGAGUGCCUCGUGUGUCACAGGAUGUUUUCUACGUCAUCUUCGGUUAAGAGUCAUAUGGUAACCCAUUCAGGCGAGAAACCUUACGAGUGCUCUGUGUGUCACAAAUGGUUUGCUUUAAUGGGUUCGCUGCAGACCCACUUGCGAACUCACACGGGCGAGAUGCCAUUUGAGUGUCCUGUGUGUGAACGGAAAUUCUCCUCUAAUAGCAAUUUGCGGAAGCACAUGAGAACUCACACUGGCGAAAAGCCAUAUAAAUGCAGUGAAUGUGACAAGGCCUUUUGUGAGUCCGGCCAACGGCGAUAUCACAUGCGAACCCAUACAGGAGAAAAGCCGUACGCGUGUAACGUGUGCGAUAAGAAGUUCUCUGUUAGUUGCAAUCUGAAGCAACACCUCCAAACCCAUUCCGGUGAAAAGCCAUUCGAGUGCACCGUGUGCCACAGGAGGUUUACUGCAUCUAAUGAUCUGCGAAAACAUUUGCGAAUACACACUGGCGAAAAGCCAUUCGAGUGCACUGUGUGUCAACGGAAAUUCGCCUUGAGUGGCAAUAUGCGGAUUCACAUGAAAACUCACACAGGCAGGGAGUCGUCUGACAAGUGACUGUAUAGGCCAGAUUAUUUGACGGCAUCACAAGAAAAAGAUGUCAAGUUAAAGUUUUCUGCUGAAACGUGCGUGGCUUUGUAAUGCAAUGCGAAGAAUUUGAAUUAAAUUGCUUCAUCGGCUUUGGGUUUUAAUUAUCUAAUGAUGGAUUCACUUUUAGCUUUAAAUUGUGUCCAGAGACCAAGAGAGAUGAAAACAUUCUUUCUAGCUUCGACAAUAAAAAAAUAUAAUAAUAAGCAAACACAUGUGUGGUGUACAGGUUUUAAUUUUUUUUUCAUUGCUUAUUCAUUUUGACAGAAACCGUCAAGCAGUGCUUACUGCUGGUUAACCGUAG